AAAAUAAUGCGAUCUCUACGAUUUUAAGUCUUACAGUUGACAAUUUUCUCGACCGAGAAAUUAAAGUUAAAGUCGGGGAUGAUGAGACCGGUCCUAAAAAAAGGGAGCAGCCGAAAGAGCAAGGGAAACAUCUCGCAGCGCUGAGAGAUCGAUACAUCGUUGGACGGACGCCAGAGUUUUUCGAUGUCUCGAAAUUCGAAAUUUCACGAGUGCCGCGAGCUUGGUGAAUUCUCCAUCGCGAUGGUGUGACGAGUGGUGAGUGCUGACCGGUGGCUUCCAUUUUGAGAGACACACAUUCCCCGGCUCGCAGACGCGAUCCUGUUGUUGUUCGCGUACGCGUGAUUUCGACUCGGUGUCUCGACAUCGGUGGGUGCCCAAGAAUCCUUCGACGUGACCCCGCGGAGUCACGACACGGCGAGAAAGUAACGCGAGAACCGACACGAUGCAGGGUACCAUAAUUGAAAAUCUGAGCGGCAAGAAGCUUUCGAUAUUGGUGAUCCUCCUGAUAAUCGCACAAAUAGUUUGCUUCCUAAUUGGCGGUUUAAUCGCACCUACGCCUGCUAGUAGCCAAAAUAUUCUUGGCACACCCUGCAAAUAUGUUAGUGUUAAUGGGUCUCAUGACGAAAACAAAUGGUUUUACUCGAGAGGAGAAGGUUCUUGCACUCCUGUCGACAUGCAUCACUUUAGUUUAGACACUCAUCAGCAGGCUUAUCAAGUUGUAUACACGUUUCAGAUGCCCGUACCUCGGAAUAGCAUGCAGCUUGACUAUUCGAGAUGGCAGCAAAAUUUGAUAGGUGUUUUGCAAGUGGAUAUAUCUUAUAUUAGCCAGAUUGAAGUUGCCCCUAGGACGAAAAUAACAUUGGACGCACGACUGGCAUAUCGAAACAAAGGUGAUCCAGAUAAUGCAUGGAAACCAUACGCUGCUUCUAUCGUAGAAAGAAUUUUGGAUUGCAGCAUAGACAAGCCGCUGGAGCACUACAAUUACAACUGUAGCGUUAUGCCAUUAUUUGAACUAGGAUCUUUGUAUCAUGAUUAUUAUUUGUUAAAUAUUCGUCUUCCUUCUGAUACUAAUAAAAACCAAGGAUUGGGACAUAUUGUGGAUUUGUGGCUUACAGCUAUUAAUCAAAAUGGUGGAUUCACAAAGGUAUGGGUGAGUCUAAAGACUGUUUAUUUCCCAAUAGUACUAGGUGUUUUGGCUUGGUAUUGGAGGAGAGUGUACAUGCUAUCCAGAUCGCCCGCACUUUUGGAGUACAUGCUCUUAGCUUUGGGUUCUGCGUUAACAUUUUUAAAUCUACCUUUGGAAUAUUUAACACUUGCUUACGACAUGCCAUUUAUGCUUUUGCUGGGUGAUAUUCGACAAGGAGUAUUUUAUGCAACGUUAUUAUCAUUCUGGCUUGUAUUUGCUGGUGAACACUUGAUGAUACAGGAGGGUGAACAAAGUAAUUCAUUAAAAUGUUACUGGCGACAUCUCUCUGCAGUGGGUACCGGUUGUCUCUCGCUGUUCGUAUUUGAUAUGUGCGAACGUGGUGUACAAUUAAGAAAUCCAUUUUACUCAAUUUGGGUUACCGACCUUGGCACAAAAUUGGCACUCUCUUUCAUUAUCUUGGCUGGUAUAUCGGCCGGAGUGUAUUUGCUAUUUUUAUCUUAUAUGAUAUGGAAAGUAUUCAUGAAUAUCAGCGCGAAGAGAGCCGUUUUACCUAGCAUGAGCUCAGCGCGACGCCUGCAUUACGAGGGAGUCAUAUACCGUUUUAAAUUCUUAAUGAUUGCAACAUUAUUAUGCGCUUCAUUAACUGUUAUAGGUUUUAUACUAGGACAGGUUGCGGAAGGUCAGUGGAAAUGGGAUGAAGAUUUACAAUUAGAAAUGACGUCUGCCUUUUUCACUGGAGUGUAUGGAAUGUGGAAUAUUUAUAUUAUUGCAUUAUUAUGUCUUUACGCACCUUCUCAUAAGCAAUGGCCCAUUGAACCGUCAGAAAACAGUGUUAGUGAAGAAAUCGAAUUUUCUCCCUUGCCAACCGAUCCAAAUGAGAUGCUGUCUCUAACUGCAUUCGCACGAAAAACAGCAGUAGAGUAAAGUAUACAUUUCUAUUUAUGUACAUUUUGUAAGAAACAAGACAACACGAUAACAAAACUCUACUUAAUAUUUAAUGUACUUAAUUGUUAUAGGUAGAAUUUGUAAGUAGGGCUGUAUCUAGAUUUUUCACUACCUAUUAGGAAUCCAAUGACUGAUAAUACUCCUCUAGUAACACAAUUUUAUAUGCCAAAUUUAAUUAUUUAUUACUUCUAACUCUUUUUGUAUGUUUUUUAUAUAUCUAUUUAUAAUAUUAUAUUAUCUAUAAUAAAAGAAUAAGUCAUUUCAUCUCAAGAUUUAUUGACAUUUGUCAUAAAUACAAACUUCGAAGUGUAUUUAAUAAGAUUUGGUUUUUAUAUAAGAAUUUAGCGUAAUGCAUUAUAAAUAUAUAUAAACAAAUACAAAAUGAUGUAUAAUAGUUAAAAUCACAUACUUAAAAGAGCGAUAUCAAAAUUAUCAGAAUAAAAAUUAUAAACGUCUAAUCGUGUUAUUUUAAUAUAACAUUCUCUUUCAUUGACACAAAGACAUUGUUAUAUUAAUAUUCUCUACAUCUUUUUAAAACUGCAAAAAUACUGCUUAAACGACAAUCAAACUUCCAAAUCAAAUGUUUUUAUGCGAAUGAAAUGAAAUGACUUUAUGUAAUAAACAGCGACUAAUUGAUAAUUGAGAUAGGACUUACACAGUAUUAUGUAAAUGUAUUAUUUAGGAUUUAUUUCUACAUUUCUACAAAGCUUUUAAUAGAUAAAGUAUAUCUGCUAAUUAAUCAAUGAAAAUCUUUUUUUGAUGUUUAAAGUAUCGUCAAUAUUACAAAUAGAUUUAUUUAACUGAUAUAUUUACCUUUUUUUACCGAAUGACUUUGAAUGAAGUUUCAAAAUUAUGAGAUUUUAGAAACAUGAGAUGAGGUUUGAAUUCAAUAUCUAUUGAAUUAACAAUCAGUCGCUCUAUUAACCACAUCGGGGGAUCAUUUGAAUGAAAUGUUGAGAGAAAAAGUUAGAGAAAGAAUUUUUCUUUGGCAUAUUUUUUAUAUAAUAAGAUUUUUAAAACAUCUUUCAGUAUUAUAUGUUAGUAUUAUAUGUUAUAGUAGCGACAGUGUCUGCACUAAUCUAAUAAAUCAUAUUUUAUAUUAACAUGUGACGUGUCCGUUAGCGUAAGAGCUGUAAUUAUUACGUACUUAAAUAAUUAAUUAAUCUUAAAUUAAUCUUGAACAUUUGAAGAUAUAGCAUUCCAAUCUUAUAAGAUGUUGUAAUAAACAGUAGAUGCGUUUAUAUAAGUAACUUAUAUCUAAUCAGCUAAAAAGCAAUGUCACGAAUAGAUUUUAGAAAAUGAAUUUAUAUUAAGAAUUCGAAAACAUAUGUUUUUUAUUAACUUGUCAUAUGUCAAGCGUAAGGUGCGUGCAGAGAGGAAAGUAAUUUUUACGUCUCAAUUCAAAUUAAAACAUGAAAAGCCUCGUAUGAUAUCUUAUUAUAUUAUACAUAUCAUUAUUGGGCAUUCAUCUAUCAUUUGUAACAAUGUAUUUUAUCAUGAUCGAUAGUAUUAAGAGUCAGUGUUCAUAAUUUAUUACAGCAUGCUUUUUGAAAAUAACAACUCUACAUGGAAAGUAUGUGCCAACUUACUCAAGUCUGACAUUUAAUAGCAUCAGUUUUUUAUUAUAUACAUAUUGUUAUACAUCAAGUACUAAGUCUUUCACAUUUUAGAUGCACUACAAAUAUAAGAAAUUUUUGCACGAUUUUCAUAAACAAAAUUAGAUUCAGAACUAUUUAGUAAUACUUUACUGAUAAUUGUACGUAUUUAAUGUAAUAUCGAGAUAUUUAAUGUAGUACUUAAAAAAAGGCACUGAUCGUAUAGUAGCAUUUUACAAACAAGGUGCAAUAGAGUUUUCCUCCGUAUAUCGACUUCAUACUAGUGCGUAUUAAUCAAGUAACAUAGCGAUGUUUAAAUUAGGCAUGCGUAAAGUGAAGUUUAUAGAAUUAAUUAUUUUGCUUUUAUAAAUAAUUAAUUCACAUCGCUCCUUAAACAGCGCCCCAAUAAUUAGUUCAAGAUCUGGUUUCACUAAUAAUUAUCAUUGUUUCAUCAUUAUGUAAAAGAAAUGUAUCGAAAAUAACUGUAUUUAUAAGUGAUCCCAUACAACUGUACAUCGCCUUGCAUUCGCAACCAUUUUUAUAUAAUUUAAUAAUUUUUAUACACUUUUUAAAUAAAGGAAUUUGUUGUAAUCAGUUCUGCAUAUGCGAUUCAACACAUCUGACAGAAUAAAAAUUUGAAUUGCAAUAAAUCUUCAAAUACAUAAAUUAU